AUGCACUUCUGGUGGGUUACUAUUGUUCUUCUCCUCCCAACUUUGGUAAUCGCUUAUUCAAAGCAAUGUUCCUAUGAGCAAUAUCGUAUAAUUAAAGAAUGCAGUGAUGUAAGUUGGAAUAAAAAUCUAAUGAGUUAUUCGAAAUAUUUAUAGAAUGUCACCAGUAAAUAUCGACCAGGCAGCAGUUUGACAACUGUAUUCAAAAUCUGUAACCAAGGUCGUAGAUGUUUUGAAAAAAUCCAUUGUCAAGGAUCCAUUGAAGCUAACAAUGUUUUGCAAGCCGGAUGUGAAUACCAAUAUUUUCUUCAAACCACCUUCAAAACUUGCCUCGACAUAAUCAACGAAAAAACCAAUUGUCUGCAAGCUAUGCCACCAAAUUACACCAACGAUCUUGAAGCUCCUCAUUGCGCAAUUUUCAAAUCAAUCUACCACUGCGUUAUUCCAGCAAUCAGAGAACAUUGUGAAAGUGAAAUUCUUGUUGAUACAUUCAAAGAGGUAACCAAUUAUUCAAAUGUGUUAUUUUCAUAUAAAAAAAUGUGAUUUCAGAAAUAUCUUGCUCACAACGGUAUGUCCUACGAUUGUGAGCCAUUUGAAUAA